AUGUCUUCGCUGUGGUCUCGGGUUGGGGUCGGGAUCCUGCUGCGGCGUUCGACGGCCGACGGCGCUACUCAUCUCAAACAAUACUACACACUUCACACAGCAGUGCCGAAAGCGCUGUCGGACCUCCUGGAUAAAAUCAAGACCUCGACAAACCCAAUAACAUCAAAGGGACCAACACAAGAUGGUGAGGACGUCGACACCGGCGACGCAGCAGGGAAGGGGAGCGCUACCCCGUACCAGCUACCGGCGCUCUUAAACAUAGCUCGCUUGGUGCUGACGCCCAGCGGCGCCGGCGGGGUAAGGGCGGGAACAACCCCACCCAAAGCGCGCUCCCGCGCCCUGGCGCUAGACUGUCUCAGCCUCGGCUUGGUCCUGCACCUCGCACUGAGCGAGGAGGAUAUGAAAUAUUUCAGGCGUGAAGCCUUAGCCGUUGCGGCCGUGGGAGCGAAGGACGAGCGGUGGGAGGUCAGGGUUGCCGCGGCGCGGACGGCAGGAGAAGUCUUGAGGAGAACUGGGGCGCAGGAAAAGUUAAUUCACCUGCUGUCAUCCGAGCAGGGCUGUUGGCUCCCGGCCCUUCUCGCCGACGGGUACCCAGAGGUGCAACACGCCGCCCGUGCGGCUCUCACCCAGAGCCUCGCUUGUCUAGACGGUAGCGGCGACGGCAUGCCGGAGAACGGUCUCAACCCGGCCGCAGGGUCGCUCUCGUCGUCGCCAUCUGCCGCCGCUGCUCCUGUUGGAGCCACCUCUUCUUUCCCGGCGACGGCGGCGGCGGCGGCGGCGGCGGCGGCGAUGCGCGGGGCGUGCGAGGCUCUGCGGGCGGUGGCCCUGUCGAACUCGGCCGUCGAGCCGGAGGCCGGCGGCGUCGCCGACCUGAGAGCCGUCGACCUCGCGGAGGAGGAGACCACGCGUACCGCCCUGCGAGCGCUGCGGGGCGGGGCUUCCUUGUUGGGAUCGCCGCCGGGGGAGCGAGAGUCGCACUCGCACUUGCCCCCCCUCGCAUCGCCGUCGGCACCGCCGGGCCCGCGGGAGGAAGAGGAGGGGAACAAGCAGGAGGCUACGGCCGCUCGGGUGGAAGCUCUAGAGUCGGUAGAAGCGUUGCUCGUUGCAACACUGCCAGAGUUCCCGUAUCUGUCGGUGCCGUGGGCCGCGGAAGGCGGAGACCAGCACGGAGCGGCGGCAAGCGCUGGGAGUGCCGCUGGAGUAGGCGGCCUCUCGCUGGAAGCCGGCGAGACCGUCCGCGCGCUUUCGCUCGGGGGCACGGAAGGCCCGGCGGGAUUUCGUGCCAAGGCGUUGGAAGCGGCCACGGCAGCGGUAGAGGAGUUUCGGUCCGAGUGCCUGUCGGCUGGGGGUGACGGGGGCAGAGAAGCCGGGGGUGAAGGGGGGGAGGGCUUGUGGAAACGGGUUUACUGCGGACUGCUUGUGCGAUUGGAGGCGUGUUCUGCGUUCAUGGUGGGCCCCGAGCCGCCGUCACGGCCAACGGCGGUGUCACUUCCGGCGCGGGAAGGCGUCGUCGUGGAACGGCAAGAUGGCCACGACACACCUGCGGCGGCGCCACCGGCGCAAACCCCCAUCGCUGGAGAAGGGGCGGGCGGUAGCUCGGUCGGCGGCGAAUCCACCACCGCACCCGCCGCCCGUGGGUCUCCGCCGUCCUCCCUCGCUCGGCUGGCGGAAGGGCUCGCAGAAGCGCUGGAAGAGGUGCCCUUGGCGUACGAGCAGGCCGUGCCCCCAAACCUCGACAUUAAUGACGACAUGACAAUUAGCGAGAAGAACGCGCUGCGCUCUUGGGGCGGCAGGCGACGGCGGUGGAUGGCGGCUUCCACGCACCUCCUGCUUCGGGCUGGCGCGAAUUUGUGCGAACAAUACCGGCGCUCCUCCUGCGGCGGAGCGCCAGCCGCCGCCGUUGCCGGCGGUAGCGGUAGCGGAGGGGAGGAAGCGCUCGCGUCGGUGACGCUGGUGAAACUGUUGGUGGCGGCCUUGCCCUUCGAGCAAGCCGCCACCGAGGCCGACGACCCCACCGAGGCCUGGCUGUCUUGCAUGCGGCCGCCGGAGGACACCCCGGGGCUCGAUCCCGCAGGAGCAACAGCACCCUCCGCAGCAUCCGAGCUCACUGCCCCCAUACCGUGGGAGUCGUGCGUGCACGGGCGAGCGCUCCCGAGACACGCUCUCUCCGCGCCGUGGGCGAGCCACGCCAACACCGUCGAGCUGGCGAAGCGACUCGUGGAUGUCGCCUGGAGCGCGCUCUACCUGGGCGGCGACGACGCCGGCGGAAGCGGGCCCACCGCCGCCGCCGAGACACUGAUGCGGGCCCUGCGGGCUGCCACUCGCGCUCGCGGGGGGUGGCGGGAGGAUGCCGGGGUCGGCAUCAAGCACGCCGCGUCCGCGGCGAUCCGGAGGCUUCGUUUCCCGCUCUUCUCCGGCGCGGCCCUCGGGCACGCACUGCCGCUGGCCCUGCCGCUCGCGGACGACUACGAUCCGGCCCACCAAGCCGUAGGCUUCUCGCUGCUGCUACGGCUGUUCGCCGAGGCCCCGCCGGCGGAGCUGGGGUGGCACCGCGGGCUCCUGCUGGAGGUCCUCGAGAGGGGGAUCAGGUGCGGCGGGAGGGACCCUUCCGCGUCGGCGUUGUGCAUGACGGCGGCGGUGAGGCUUCUGCGAUGCUCCCCGAAGAACGGCGGCGGCGGCGGCGGCGGCGGCGAGCGUGCCGGGAUUCGAAUCGCGAGAGAGACGCUAGCGCAGGCGGCGAGGGCGACGGACGGGACAGUGAAGGCCGUCAUGGUUUGCGGCGCGGCUGCCCUGCUGGAGGUGCCGGCCACCGGGGAAGGGUACGCGCCGUGCGAGUUUCUUCGGCCGGCGCUUCUGUGCCUCCUGCCGAUCCUUCAGGUGCGCGCCGACGCGGCCGCCUUCUAUAGCUCAACUAGAGCACACGACCCCCCUUCCCACCACCCAAUCCCUACCCCUUCGCGAAAGUCUCCCCCAGUAUCAUCGAGGCUCGACGCCCGGGCCGCGUCCCUUCGGGCCGUCCGCGCGCUUUGCCUCUCCUGCUGGCCGCGAGUCCACGCCCACGCCUCAAAGCUACUGUGCUCUCUGCUCUGGACGUGCGGCGACUGCGCCCGGCGAGCGUCGGUCCGAACACUCUCUACCUCCUCGUCGCCGGGAGGCGGCAGGGCCAACGACAGGCCCAAGCGCCCACAGCCGUCUCUGGGAGUAGCCCUCGCGGCAAAUGCCGCGGCGAUUGACCCCUCGACGGACGAGGCCGUCCGAACCUACGCGACGAGGCUCGGGGCCCUGGUGUUGGUAUUGGCCGGAGACGGCAACGGCGGCGGCGGUGGGGCUUCCGCCGCGCGGUCGACGCUCAGGGAGAUUUGCGCGGCCGUUUCGGUGCUUCGACCCCACGGGGCUGCCAUGGAGCGGCUUGCAGACGGGGCGUUCUCGUGGGAGGGUGCUGGGCGGGAAGGGGCAACUGCCAUAGAUGGGGAAGAAAGGUGCAGGGAACGAAAUAGCCCUGCUGGUGAUGGCGGCUGCGGUGAUUCAGAGGUGGAAAAGCGACGGUCGAGUGAGGCCAACUCCGCCGCCAACUUGGUAUCUUGAGAACGUGUAAACAUUAAAGUAGGUAUCCGAUGCGAGCAGCUGGGUUUAGAGGCAAGUGUGUGCGUGGUCUGUGGCGUGGCGUCCAUGCAACAGUCCAGGAGCAACUUGUCUCGUGGGAGA